AUGGCCCUGAAGAGGAUUCACAAGGAGUUAUCUGAUUUGGGUCGAGAUCCACCUGCACAAUGCUCGGCCGGUCCCGUAGGUGAUGAUCGCAACGAUAAUGGGUCCCGUAAGUUGCCAAGGCAUCUAACACGUGUUCUUUUACAGUCAGACAGUCCUUUCGAGGGGGGAGUUUUCUUCCUUGAUAUUCAUUUUCCCACUGAUUAUCCUUUCAAACCACCUAAAAUCACAUUUACCACUCGAAUAUACCAUCCAAAUAUAAACUCUAAUGGCAAUAUAUGCUUGGAUAUUCUAAGGAAUCAGUGGUCUCCGGCUCUAACUAUAUCAAAAGUGUUAUUGUCGAUUUGCUCCCUUUUAACCGACCCAAAUCCGGAUGAUCCUCUCAGUCCGGAUAUUGCGCGUACAUACAAAACAGAUCGUCAGAAAUACGACAAGACUGCUAAAGAAUGGACUCAGAAGUACGCAAUGUAG